AUGUGUGCACAGCAUGCGCUGAACGCGAUACUUCAAGGACAUUUCUUCGAUCCAACGCAGCUCGCUCAAAUUGCGAAUGAGAUUGCCGAAUUCGAGCGUGAUGAGCUUGGACUUGUUGAGAAAAAUCAUGAUGCUGUUGUUUCACACCAUGUGGAUGAGACUGGGCACUUUAGUGUGGAAGUCAUGGACCGUGCGCUCAAGGCUUGGGACAUGAACCUAGCGCGAUGGUAUCCGUGCGAAAGGCUCCGUGAGCGCCAUCAGCAUCCUGAGCGUGAGUUUGCAUUCUUACUCAACCUGAGCCAGCACUGGUUUGCACUACGCGGGUUUGGAUCUCAGCAUCGCCAAUGGUAUAAUUUAAACAGCUUUUUUGCGCGUCCAGAAUGGCUUGGCGAUGCGUAUCUAGGCUCUUUCCUGCACCAGGCAGAACUCGAGCAAUAUUCGAUUUUUGUCAUCGAGCCGUUUGAGAACACAGAUCCACCAGCUACAAUUGCUGAUGAUAUGGCCGAUAUCGCUUCUGCUUCGUUCUCAAGAUAUGCUGGUAUUGACGGCACUGCGUCCGAGGACGAUGAAGACGAGGCACUCCAGGCCGCUAUUCGUUCAAGUCUCGAAGAUCAUUCACAUCAAGUGUCUCAGCAACAGAUGCCGAUGAGCAAAAGGCGAAAUCGAGAGGAUUUUUCUCCUGACAAAGAAGAUACUGACGAGUCUUACCGCCAUCGUGUCUGGCGGUCGCCAAUCACAGAUUCUCCAGGAAGCGGACACCGUUCACAGCGGCGAUCACUGAAACAGCGAGGCAAGCAAAGAAUUGUGUCGCAAUCGUUAUCGCAAGAGAAACAGUCGUCACCCAAAACGAGCUCGAUAGUUUCAUCAAGCUUCAGCGAACAUGACAUACUAGAGUCGAGCUCGUGCCGUACAUCACCUUUUUUGCACCCGACAGUUGCUGCCUCUCUCUUAGAUGAAGAUGUUCAAGAUAUCGAAGAAGAUCAACAAUAUGAGCGGUACGCUGCACCUAGCGGAUUUUAUACUCUUGACGACGACAAUGACGCUCAGCUCCAAGCAUCUAUUGCUCUCAGCCUUGGUCAGCCAUGCGAAGUUCCGAAAGAGUUGUUGGAAAAGACUCAACGUGCACUUGAUAAUCGUCAUGCUCCAGAGCCCAUUCCCGAUGACGUUAUACGAAUCCGCAACAUGAGAGAACAAGCUGCCGCGGCGAUAUCGAAAGCUGAUAUAUCAUCUGAUCCCCACAGAAAACGGGAUGCGCCAGCUACGGUAAACACUGAAGAAAGGAAAGAGGAAGCCGUACACGCUGAUGCUGACUUCGACGCUGAUAGUGAGACUACUCAACAGCCUAUCUCGGCAGAAGAAAUGCGUCGACGACGUCUUGCACGUUUCGGAUAA